UGUUGCUGCCGGUUUAUGCCAACAAAACUGGAGGAUAAAACCCACACCUUAAGCUUCAGAUUAACUGUACAGAUAAAUCAAGUCGGAGAGCACUGUACUUAAAUUAUUUUUCCAAUUUUCACUUCCUAGAAAAUCUUUAACUGUUAGUCAUUUCUGUCGUAAUUUGUAACAGUAACUAUCACUUUUACAAAAGCACAACAAUUACUUUGCUUUAAAUUUUUCUCAGCUAUACUGGCGAAAGUUCAACAGUAUUUUCUGCCGGCAGUUGUUGCUAUCUCUUUUGGUGUUUUUUGUACGUACGGAGCUAUAGCUAGCUGAGACCAAGUUUGAACAACAUCCACGGAUAGCCAUGUUUCACAACUCUGUUGUAAUCUUCUCCAUUAUCCAAAUAUUUAAUUUUGCAAAUGCCCAGCAAAGUGUUGGGGGAUUUGCCGCCAGUAGUUCAUCUAGCCAGAGCCAGACAAGUGGCCAGGACAACGAUGGCAACGAUGAUACCGACUUCGAUCAAGACUUUCCUCCUUCACCGUUUGCUUCGCAGUUCCAGAGACCUAUGCAAAGCUUUUUCGGUGAUAUGUUAAGAGGUGCCCCAUGGAACAAUGCCGGACAGAUGCAGAACUUUCGCUACAAUGCUGGAAUUUUGUCCAAUUCCCAAGGUCACAUGCCGCACGUUAUGAUCGGUUUAGAUCGCUCGGCCACUAAGGGCAUAGCCACUCUUAAUGGUGCCAACAGUACGACUAGAGGAACAAUCGUUUUCACUGCCAACACCAGUACUGGCGUCAUUCAGAUUACCGGCAAUAUCACGGGAUUGCCUCCCAACUCCCAGCAUGGAUUCCAUAUCCACCAAUACGGUGACCUUUCGAAUGGCUGCACGAGUGCCGGUUCCCAUUUCAACCCUUUCAAUCAAACACACGGCGCUCCUACUUCUCAGAAGCGUCAUGUUGGGGAUCUGGGAAACGUCGUUGCGGAUGGCAACGGAAUGGUAAACUUGAAUAUGACCGAUUCUCUAAUUGCACUGGCUGGUCCGGCUAGCAUCAUAGGGAGAGCUAUCGUAGUGCAUCAGCUUCAAGACGACCUUGGGGCCGGCGGGAACAAUGACAGCCUAACAACCGGAAAUGCUGGAGGAAGAAUGACCUGUGGCGUCAUAGGCAUUAUGGCUUAGUAACUUAAUUGUUAUGAGUAGAAGAAUGUAGCGGUCUGCCUGCAACUCGAGCGAUCAAUCAUUUAUUUUAUUUAACAUUUAACUUGAUUGUAUAGGUGAUAUUUAUAUAUACCGUACGCAACUUUUUAAUGGUAAAAGUGGGACAUCACUAAAAGCUCAGGUUUCUCUAAUCGAAAUAUAAAUUAUUUUAUUCUAUUAUAAUGAAUAUUGCCCGAACAUUCCAAGCUGUAUGAGUACAGUUGUUGUGAUGAAUGCAUUUUAAACAAAAACUCAUUGAGAGGAUGCUGUGCUCGUAUCAGAA